CAAUCAAACUGAGUUAAGUUUUUUUUUUGAAAUUAAAUUUUCAAAUGUUCGGUUAGUGUCAUUCGAUGUGGUGGCUACUUAGGAGAUAAUUACAGAAUAAAAAUCAAAGAGCUUAUAAGCCCCUUAGUGAUUAAAGAAAUCGAAAUAAAUAAAGUGAAUAAUGAAUCGUUCAAGAAGAAAUAUUAAAAGACCACCUAAUCCAAUUUUAGAAGCAAAUAUAUUUUCAAAAUGGAGUUUCUGGUGGCUUCAUAAAAUCUUUAAAAAAGGUCUGCGUGACAAACUUGAAUUAGAAGAUCUUUAUGAGCACAAACCCAGCCUCGAUAGUACAACCACAACAAAUGGCCUCAUCAGAUAUUGGGAAGAAGAAAUGAAGAAACCCAAACCCAGCUUAUUGCGAAUGAUAUUUCGAGCAUAUGGUUGGUCCUUUGUGCCGAUAUGUGUACUAUACUCUAUUUUAGAAAUCUCAGUUAGUUCAUUACAACCAUUAUUCCUUGGUGGUUUAAUAUCACAUUUCUCCGAAACCAAACCGGAUGUUUCUGAAAAACAAGCCUACUUCUAUGCCACUGGCAUCGUUUUAUGUUCCUUAACUACAACACUUGCAUUUCAUCCAUUUAUGUUUUACAUAUUCGAAGUAGGAGUGAAAAUUCGACUUGCCUGCUCUGGAUUAGUCUAUAGAAAAUGUCUUCGAUCUUCGAUUACAGCUUAUAACGAUGGACUUAGUAGUCAAGCUAUUAUCCUCCUAUCAAAUGAUCUCAGUCAGCUAGAUUUAGGAUUCUAUUUCUUCCACGACCUUUGGAAGGGUCCCAUCGAAGCUGUCAUAUUUGGCUAUCUUAUGUACAAGGAAAUUGGUUGGCCAGCUUUAGUAGGAAUUGGAUUUCUUGCUUUAUUCAUUCCGCUGCAAAUUUGGUCUGCCAAAGUAGUUGCCCAUUACAGAAGUGAAACCGCAAAGAAUGCUGAUAUUCGAGUAAAAUUCAUGAAUGAAAUUGUUCAUGCAAUUCAAGUGAUCAAGAUGUAUGCUUGGGAGAAGUCAUUCGCUAGACUUGUAAGUGCUGUACGAAAAACUGAGUUAAAAGCUAUAAGAGGUAUGAUGGUGGUCGAUGCGGCUCUUCAAUGUACCACAAUGGUUUCAAACUUUGCUUUAUUUUUGUGUCUGGUGACUUAUGUCUUCACUGGAAGUGUAAUUACUUCAAAGAAAGUCUUCAUUUUAUCGUCGUUCUUUGAAGCAUUAGACGACUCACUUUUACACUUUUGGCCUUUAGCAUUGACAACUUGGGCUGAAAUAUUGGUUAUUUCCAAAAGAGCUGUACACUUUCUUUUGCAAAGUGAAGAUCCAGCCGAUGGAGGUAUUGAAAAUUUUGCCUAUGAAGCUGAACAUGAUGUCGAGGUGACGAAUUUCUUUGGAAGAAUUCACAAUCCUGUUGCUCUCAAAAAAGGACUUGUAGUUCAUAAUCUUCAUGCAAGUUGGGAUAAAGGUGACAGCCCUAGGGAACAUGUUAGUGGAUGUAGUUUCCAAGUUCAGGAAAAUGAAUUCUUGGGAAUUAUUGGAAGUAUUGGUUCUGGCAAGUCCAGUCUGCUCAAUGCUAUUUUAGGUGAGCUUGAAGUUAUCGUGGGGAAUAUAGAAGUCAACGGUAUUCUGAGUUAUUCUCCACAAGAACCUUGGAUAUUCGAGGGCAGUAUCCGAGAUAAUAUAAUAUUUAUCGAAAAAUUUAACGAAGAACGUUAUAAAGAGGUUGUUAAGGUUUGUGCUCUCCAAAGAGAUAUUGAUGCCUUCCGCUAUGGAGAUUCAACUAUUAUUGGCGAACGAGGAGUGAGUUUAAGUGGUGGUCAGAAGGCUAGAAUAAGCUUAGCUAGAGCUAUUUACAAGAAAGCAGAUAUCUAUCUCUUGGAUGAUCCCCUCUCUGCUGUAGAUUCAUAUGUUGGAAAGAAUAUUCUUGAAAAAUGCAUUUUGAAAUUUUUAGAUUCGAAAAUUCGUAUUUUGGUAACUCAUCAUUCGAGACACUUAAAAGACACUACCCACAUGAUUAUAAUGGAAAAUGGAAGCAUUCAGAGCCAAGGUCAAUAUCACGCUUUGAAGAAGCAGAUUUAUCAUGGCUUCGCACCCCAUGCAGAUGUAGAAGAAAUGAAUCUUCUUCAAAGAAAUGAGAGUAUUUUAGAGACAAAAAGACCGGAUAAGGUGCAACUUAUCGAUAAAGGUUUUGACAGAAAGGAACAAAAAGCUCAGGGAUCAGUUAAAGUAUCAACAUAUUUCGAGUAUUUUCGAACUCUUGGCAAUUCUACACUUAUUGGAUUUGUGUUGCUGUUGUUUAUUGCUUCUAGAUGUCAGUUAUCGGGUUUGGAUAUUUUUGUAUCGAAAUGGGCAACUUGGGAAGAGGAACUGCCAUUAAAAACAACAAAAGAAGAGUCAUUAAAUACUGUACCAUUUGAUCGAGAACGGAAACGCAAAGUUAUUCUUUAUUCGAUUUUGAUAGUUUUCACUUUGAUUUUCUACAUAAUGCGUACUUAUGGAUUUUUUAAAGUCUGUCAUAGAAUUUCUUUUAAACUUCAUCAGAGAUUAUUCAAUGGAAUUAUAAGGACUUCUAUGUACUUUUUCAAUACCAAUUCAUCUGGGAGGAUAAUUAAUCGGUUUGCAAAUGAUAUGAAUAUUGUGGAUGUGCAAAUGCCGCUGACAUUGUUGGAUGUUUUGGAGUUUCUUACAUAUUCAAUGUCUGUAAUUGUGGUAGUAGCAAUAGCAAACUAUUGGCUUUUCCUCCCAGCUCUGGUUCUAGUUGGCCUGCUUUAUUUAGGUCGUCAAUUGUACAUCGGGGCAAGUAGAAGUCUUAAACGAAUGGAAAGCAUGUCACGAAGUCCAGUUUAUUCGCACACAAAUCAAACCUUCCAUGGACUUACAACAAUUCGAGCAAUGAAUGCCACGAAAAUAGUUGAAGCAGAGUUUCAUAGUUUUCAAAAUGCCAAUACAUCAGCUUUAUACCUUUUUACAGCCACUAAUCGGGCUUUUGCCUUUUGGACGGAUAUAUUCUGCGUUCUGUAUACUUUGACGGUAACUUUUAGUUUUCUAGUCUUGGAUUUUGACUUUGCAAGUGGAGAUGUUGGCUUAGCUAUUACACAAUCCAUGUCUUUGGUAGUUGUUUGUCAAUGGGGAAUGCGACAAACUGCUGAAUUAGAAAACCAGAUGACUAGUGUCGAGCGUAUAAUUGAAUAUGCCGAUUUACCCUCUGAGCCACCUUUGGAAUCAGAUGCAAAGCAUAAACCAGAUAAAACAUGGCCUCAAGAUGGCCGAAUUGAUUUUAUCGAUGCGAAAUUGAAAUAUGCAGAAAAGGGAGAUUAUAUCUUAAAGGGUUUGACAUUUACCAUCAAUCCUCGAGAAAAGAUUGGAAUUGUUGGACGAACGGGUGCUGGGAAAUCUUCAAUUAUUCAAGCCAUGUUUCGAUUGGCAUACACAGAAGGCAUCAUUAAAAUUGAUGGACACGAUGUGUGUCAAUUGGGAUUGCAUGAUUUGAGGAGUAGAAUCUCAAUAAUUCCACAAGAUCCGGUAUUGUUUUCGGGAACAAUACGUUACAAUUUGGAUCCGUUUCAUAAGAAAACCGAAGAAGACAUGUGGCGUGCUCUAUCUGAGGUGGAGAUGAAAUCUUAUGUAUCAUCUCUGGAGGGUGGACUGAGUUUUAUUGUCCAUGAUGGUGGUUCAAACUUUAGCAUGGGCCAGAGGCAGUUGAUUUGCUUGGCUAGAGCAAUUUUGAGACACAACAAAGUUCUGAUUUUAGAUGAGGCAACUGCCAGUGUUGAUCCAAAAACUGAUAUGCAAAUUCAAGCUGCAAUUCGAAGAAAAUUUAUUGAUUGUACAGUUUUGACAAUUGCUCACCGCUUACAUACGGUUAUGAGAAGUGAUAGAGUGUUGGUGAUGGAUGGAGGCAAAGUUAUCGAAAUGGGUCACGCUAAUGAGUUGUUACAGGACAGCAAAGGUCAAUUUUACAAUUUGGUUGAACAAACUGGCUAUCCAACAUCGAAACUUUUGCGACAGCUAGCCGUAGAAAGUUAUAAUGAUUUGUCAGCUAUAAAAUAACUGAAUUCUAUUAAACAGGGAUUAAGUGUAGUUUUUAAUUAUAAUUUAAGUAAAAUUUUAUGUUUUAAUUGAAAAUGAUUCCUAUUAUUUUUAAGAUAUUUUUUUUUAAUUUGUUAAAUGUGUAAUAAAGAUUUCUAUA